AAUUUAAAUAUUGAAACAUCAUGUAGUGUUUUUAAUUAUAAAAUGUGGUCGGAGCUCCAAAAAUACCUACAUAAUAUAUGUAAGCCGCUUAUCAGAACGAGCCUUCUUUUGAAUUGUCAAUUUAGUGAAAUUUAACAAAAAAAUGCAUGAAUGAAGGAACUUAAAUUAAAUAUCAUGCUUAAUUCAGGAUCUUCUCUUUUUUCCCUCGUCGUUUGUAAAAAGACCAGCACGGCACCAAAUAAAUCAAUGGAUAUUUGUAAUGCUUUCAGAAAUAUAUACUUGCUUACCUGUCUAUUCUUUGAACGACGAAAGGUCUCGAGAACAAUAAUUGGAAGACAAAGAAACACUUGAGAAAACACAAAAGAGUGUGAAAGAAAAAAAAAGAAAUAGUUACAAGUCUGGUUUUUCUUCUCAUUUUCAAUAUCCAAUCCUCUCAUUGUCUUCUUUAUUAUGAGCUCUAAAGUCGCCGCUUUGUUUCUUAGAAGCUGGUUAUUCUUUUUGUGGUGCUAAAGGAGAUUUGAAAUCGAAAUAAAAGAGAAAAGAUUUUGAAACAGUUUUAAA